GCCAGCCCGUCCUGGCCCGGCCCCACCUCCCAGCUCAGUCCCAGGAGGGCUGAGUUGCGGUGGCGGCGCGGCGGCGGGCGGCCCUGUCUGGGGCUCCAGGAUUAGCUUCAGUCUCUCUUCUCCUCCACCCCCACAUCCUCUCCAUCCCCCUGCCCCCGGCUCCAUCUUGCCUGGGCUGCAGCCUCCCGGGCACCUGUGGAGGAGCCGCCGUCUCCGCGUCUCCGCCUCCCCGCGGGCUGCGAGAGGAUAAUCUAAAGUUUUCCUGAACUGUUUCUGCCUCAGUAAGUGAGAAGAUGAGACCAAAAGGGAGAACCUAGAUGUUGUACUGAGCAUUUUUCAAAAAUUCGGAAGGACUCAAAGUCUCUCUUCUUCCUGUAGGGAAGCCUCUAUUGGUCAUGGCCACCAGUGACUCUCACCCAGAGUGCCACCCAACCUCAACUCUGCAUGGCCAGCCCCUCUCCAAGAGCUCCUCCAGCCUACUGGGUGAUAGACCAGGCAAUGGGCAGGAACUCCGGAAGAGUGUCAGCAGCACCGUCUGUCAGAGUCCUGUUCGGGAGGGGGACCCAAGCCAGCUGGCUGGAGAGAGCAGCGUUGGGGCCACAGUGGAACAAGAAGUGCAAAGUACGUUGAAAGCAGGGAGCCAUGUCUUGAACCCAGACCAGGCCCCCUGCCCCUGGCAAGGGAAAAGCUCGGUCUUCCGCUCCAAGAGCAGCACCGUUGGGAAUGUCUACUCCAUGGGGGAGAGUGAGCUGUCACCUUCAAGCUUGGGGAUCCCAGGGGUUGCAGUGCAACGAAGCCAUUCUGAUUUAGCCUCAGGCUGCAGGCACCUCAGCCUCAAUGUUCCCAUGGAAGCUAGUGUGAGCUGUUCCGCUCUGGGCUCCUCACCAAAUGGAAGAAGCAACCUCAUCCCAAGGAAUGUGUUCAUGCAGAGGCCUGGCAUAGGGCACCAUGACAGCAUGGACCCAGGCAACCAGCCUCCUUUCCCUGACCUUCAAGUUUCAACUGACAGCGUAGAAGGUGAUCUUGUCUCACAGGAUGCUGAGGCUGGUAGAGAUGCAGUAGUUACCUUACCUGCCACUGUGGUAGAGGUCCAGAGACCUGGAGACAGCUGUGGGAAUGACUCGAUUCAAGACCCAGGUGAUAGGACCCUGGGUAGCAUACCCCUGUGCUCUGUGCCCAUGGCUCCUGGGCACAUUCAUACCACCUCCUCUCCCUACUGCCCGAGACAAGCAGAAACUUCUGUGAGGACAAGCGAUACACACUCUGCUUACUGCCACCCCCUGCCCAUACCAGCCCUCCAGGUUGGCCCGGGGAUGCUGUGCCCCAUGAAUGAGAUGGGUGUCCCUGGAUGCUGCCAUGUCCUGUCCCCAUCAGAGAUUCUGACAUUUCCCAAGCUGGUAUCAUCAGUGAGUGAAUCUGGCCUCCAUAACCAGCACUUGCUUAGAUACCGUAGACUGGCUGACGAGGCCCCAGUUUGCAUUCAUUGUUUGGCUCCAGAUAAGUGCCCACAGAAGGAAUCCACAGCAGGUUCUACACUCCUGGUGAGUCAAGCAGCUAUAGACCCUAUCACCAAGACCAAAGAUGUGUCAACCAUGACCUCCACUGGCGACUUGGCUUUGGGGCCGUUGACCUCUCUGCAUUGCAGGGAUGCUGAGGUACAAACAGCUCCAUCUACAGCCUGCAAGGCUGUGGCCACCAGUCCCUCCCCGAUCAAAGACCAGGUGCCCCCCCACGUAUUCCCAGAGGUAAACUUAGAGGUCAGCAGAGAGGAGCCCAAGUCCCCAGUGCGAGAGGUCAGGUGGGACGAAGAGGGGAUGACCUGGGAGGUAUAUGGAGCUUCGGUUGAUCCAGAGGUUCUAGGCCUGGCCAUCCAGAAACAUCUAGAGAUUCAGAUUGAACAGUUCCAGACGGUUCCCUCCAAAGAGGGCACCCAAACGGGUGGUGAGGAGGCACUGAUUAAGGAGGGGAAAAGAAGGCCCUUUCGAACCAUGAUCCAAUCCCUGAGACGUCCUAGCUGCUGUGUCCACUCAAGCACAGCUGUGGAAUAACAAAGAUGCCGUUUCCUUCUGACCCUGAGACUUUCUGGGAAUGGCUGGUUCCCUUUGCUAUAGAAGAUGCAUUAUUCAGGAAAAAAAAAUCUUUGCAAAGCCCUCUGGAAUUGGGAUGCCAGCCCAUAUGGAUAAGAAGUGUCUGAGGCAGUCACUUAAUUAGCAACACUCCCAGUAGACGCAAGUGGGAGGAAAGGGGAAAGAGGUGGAAAUUGUCAGUUGGCUGCCAUUGAAAAAUUUCUGCCUGUUGACUCAUCACCCAUCUCUGCCUUCCUGUGCUGGGGCGAGACUCCAGCUCAUCUAUUUAGGUGCCAUAAGCACUGAGGAGGGUUUCUGGGUUUUUAAAGGGAAGAGUCUAUUUACUGCAUCUCUUCUUACCGGGGACUAGCUUUCAAAGUUUAGCUUUGAGACGUUAUUUUUUUUUCAGUGUUACAUUGGUUAACCUCAUUUCAGACCUAAUGCUGUAGUCUUAUGAAACCUCAGUACCAAAUGUGAGCCCUCCCUAUACCCACCUCCACCUGAUAGUGAUUGCCUUUCCGUCAUUGCCCGGUUAAUGAAUUACUAAGUUGCUCGGGGACUUCUGUUAGGUCUGAGUUAUUUCUUCACUGCGGGUAGAAUGGACCGUUUCCAAAGGAAAGGCCUGCUUCAGAAAACAUUGAAUUACAAUAUGGGUGACCUGUGCCUGGGGCUAGACUUAUGAAUAGGCAGGACAGCUAAGUGCUGUCCCAUUUCAGAGGCAUCAGUAAAUCACAUGGUUUAAUUUCAGGGACACCAGGAAAGGACAUCUGCCCCCAAGAUAUUUGUCAAGCUGCCCGAAAUUCCAUGAUUAGAGCUUCAUCCCUUUAGCUUAAGGCUCUCUGGUACCUAUUAAAAUGCAAAUUACCCUGGAGAAGCUGUGUCACACAUUUAAGCCUUAUGUGACUACAUACAACUUGGUAUGAAUAAGUUUGUCAGCUCCUUUUCUGAGAGCAAGUUUUGUUGAGAAAGGAAUAGAGACGAUGGUUCUGGGGUACAUAGGAAGUCCCAUCUUUCAUAAGUGUGACCACAUUGUCAUGGUCUUGGGAAAUUAUAGCAUAUAAAUGCAGCUUACAUUGGAGGGAGGCAGUCCCUCCCUUUACUCUGCCAAGUCCAGGGACCUGGGUUGUCAUCCUAUCAUUUUUGGAGUUCCCCACAGAAACUCAGCCAGGAGCCCAGACAUUUGCAUAGCAAACUGCAAGACACCCAAGGUGUUGCCUUUUAAUAAUGAUGUGAGUGCCAGUGAGGUUUUUUUGUUUGUUUGUUUGUUUUGGGGUUUUUUUUGACAUUGCAUGGCCCCCAUUGGUGAACGUGGGGCAGGGUCUGGUCCCGUGUAACAUGGUCAUAACAGGAGCUUCAGAGUCAGCACAUUUGUUGGAAAGCAUCUCUGAUGGUCCCAGCACAUGGAGGGAUUGUCAUGUUCUCAAGUGGGCCCUCAAGGCCUCUCUGGAUCUUCCUGUGUGGAUCAUGGAAUAUGGAUGGAAGCCAAUCUCUACCUGCACACUUGUCAUUUUUAAACCGGAAAAAUUGGAUCUAGAGGAGAAACUAAUGCCAACACUCCCAUUUGUUUUGGGGGAAAGAUCUGAGCCUGAGCCUUGGGUUCUCCUGGUUGCUCUUGACUUUUUUUUUAAUUGUUAAGAAAGAAAGAAACCACCAUAAUAGUAUUCUGGUACCAAAGUGAACCCAAUCCAUGUUCUUUUUGCACUGGCCCAUGCUGCUUAGCGCCUUAGUUUGAAGAUUUGUGUGUGUUCCUGUGUAUGUGUGCGCGUGCAUUGUAUUUGUUUGUUUUUCCAAAAAUGCAAUGUAACGAAAGGGCUAAUACCACCCAGUGAUAUGAAAUAUGCUCACUCUGCUUCCUCUGAUGCUGUUCCUUCCCUUCCCUCUAAGGUUGUUAUCCCUUGUGCUAUUUUAGUGUAUUGAUGUGCAUGUGAUAUUGUGGCAACAUAAAAAAAAUGUGCAGCCCUUGGUGUACAAAGAUGACAUAACUAAAUUAUAGCUCCUGAAGUUGA